AUGACGGCAGACGGCGCAGCGCUGGUCGCGGGCGCUGGCCGCAGCAGCAAAGCUGGCAAAUCGAUCUACGAAUUCAAUCUCACAGAGACGGCCAUCCUCUCGGCCAAGCAGAUUGUGUCUCAGCUCGACGACGACACGAACAUGGAUGAGCGCGUGAGCUUUCUCAAGAAGGCGAAGGCGCGACUGGCCGCCCUCCAGGGUCGCAUGAGUGACAAAGUCAUGCCGGUGUACACGGACAUCGAGUUCCAUAGCCAGAUGUCUGGUCAGUCUCGAACAGGGCUUGACGUCUUCGAGGAGUUGAAGAACGUGGAGUCGAAGCUGACGAUGCACGUCCCUCUCAUCGAGGUUGGAGCCGCCAAGGGUGUGACCGAGGACAUGAUCGUCGGCGCGCUGAACGGUAUAGCCGCCGAUUGCUUCCCUACGGGGUUGAUCACUCGAUGUUGGGUUCCGCUUGCGAAGCUUCACGCCGACGCGGGGAAGUGCGAAAUGGCGCUGAAUUGCUGCGUGAACGGCGACCGCGUUCCAAAAGCCCUGUUCGACCGUGCCGAGACGUCCGUCAAGACGAAGAUCCAGGAGCUGGUCGUUGCGGAAGUCACCAUUGAGAUUCUCCGGAAGGACGAUAAUGUCAGCAACGCCCAGGCGGCUCUGAAGGGCAUCAUGGGCUCCUUGAUCGAUGCGGCAUUGCGCGAGGACGUCCAGGACCUCGUCUGCAUUGCGCUGGUGACCGAGGCUGCCUGCCACGAGGAUAUCGAGAAGGCGUUCGCUGUCAAGAACAAGCUCAAGGAUACCGUGGGCCAGAACAAGUCUCGGUUUGCGCGCCUUCUGAGAGCAUUCCCGACGGAGAUCAUGCUCCUUGACCAGGUGCUCACCAGAGGCAUCAUCGCUAAGGUCGCCGCUUGCGUGGUGCCCUUGAUCACCGAGCUGCGGAACUGCAUCCGCCACGUCGCCAACGCGGACAUCGACCCGGGCGAUGUCGAGAAGGCGCGGGCAGCGACAGCGCGCUUCACAGGCUGUGCGCUGGCAGAUGCCAAGGCCACUGGCUUGGCUCGGAUUGCGGACACGGAUCAUAUUGCACGUGCGACCUCGUUCUUGGCGCACUUGGAUGCCAAUGUCAAGCUCCUGACGGCGGGGCUGACUGACAUGGCGACGAUGCAGCUGGACGUGCUGGACGCCACUACAACUGCCCUUGCGGAGCUGGCCAUCAAGGGCAUCGACUCCGCUGUUGGCUUGGACGCAGGGCUGCUCAACCUCAUAUCUCGAUGUGAUGCUGCCUUCAAGAACGACCUCGUCGGCACCAUCUCCGACAAGUGCAAGCAGCUCCUGAUCGCGAGCCCCUUGUUUAAGCGAACGCGCCAUAUCGCCAUCGCGAUGCAGCGCUUGGCCCCCGUCAGCUUGGAGGAGGCCAUGGUCAACGCGACGGACGAAACGGUCAUCAUUACCGACGAGAUCAUGCAGACCGCCAGCGCCGCCGUCGCUAACUUCCGCAUGCUUGUUCAACAUGACGAGAUGGAGGUGUCGAAUUGCGCUGGCGAUGGCAGCGCCAAGUUGACUGCGGAUGCGAUCGCGCGCCCCCCCUGGGUGUUCAAGCUCAAGCAGCGCCCGGCGGUGGUGACCCCAGCGCUAGAGGACGCCGACACCACCGACGGCGACGCCAGCGCAUCAGGACUUGCGGCUAUCUCGAGCCACCUGGACUCGACGAAGGCAGCCGAUGCUACGAUGACGCAGAUUGCCGAGUUCGCCUCUCGCUGCAACGGCUUGUCCGAUGCCCUCGCGACGAUGGCCGGCGACGCCGUCGGGGCACGCAGGGCGGCCUUAGGCUCGGACAAGGCUUGUCUCCUUGAUGUCCUGCGCGAUUUCUUGGGCGCCAUGGCCGCGCACGUGGAGGCCGUCGCGGGCGUCUUCAUCAGCUCUGUCGGCAGGCCGCCCCACGACGCGAUUGCCAAGUGCACGAAGCCUGGCGACGUGCUCGAC